AUGUCCUCAUCAAUACUUGCACGGGGGAUGCGGGGUAUGUUUGCGAUGCGACGAGCGCCUCUUUCUCCUGCUUGGACGUCGACUCGAGUGCGUUCACGAACCGUUGUCAGCACGCCCACACCUGUGCAGACAAGAAAUGAAGAAGAACCACUUAUGCCAUCUACUGCAUCAUUUCUACCAUCUACAGAUGAUGUGGCGCGAGCUCGGCAGCUGCUCCGUUGGAUCUGGCUCGAGCCAACACAACGCGAGGAGCUCCAGUCGUUUGUCGACCGCCCAGAGACGUCUGUUGCCCCAUCUUGGUUCACGUCGACAUAUGUAACAGCUCGGCAGUACAGAAUGGCACGCUCCCGGCUGUGGGUGCCAUCCAUGGAGCGGGUCGGUGGUGACUUGAACGCAUUUUUGGACGGCGAGUUCGAUGCAAUGCGUAUCAAAAUAGAGCGCGCACAAGAUCCAUUUUUGACUCUGGAUGCUUGGGACGCAAUGGAUCUGGAAGAAAAAGCUGAUGUGGUGUUCCAGCACGUAUGGAGGGGCAUGUCCGAAGAAGAGCGUGUAGCAGCACUAACGCGCGUGACAUUUGAAUGCGCUCGGCGUCUUGGGUGGCGCUCAGGCUUUUCGUCCGGCUUCCCGGGCAUGCCGGAUGAUGCAGUCGAUCCUGUCCAACAAGUUGCAAAACAGCUGCGAUCAUCCGGCUCGAGCAAGUCGGCUGUGCGGCGAGCCCUGCAGGCAACGGAGGAUCAGCGUGCGUGGGACGCUUGGCAGGCACUUUCGCCGGCCGAGCGACGUGCUGAAUGGGACACAGCGUGGCGCCAACGUGAUCGAUCGAUGAUCUACGUAGACGAUGCACCCACGACUCGUUUGCUCGGAGCGCCCGCCCCGCGCUGGUAUGCCGUGCCGCAGCGUGCUGGUUCGCUGCAGUUCUUGCCGAAUGUCAUGGUGCGUUUGGUCCGGAACUAUACGCCCCGUGGCAAGCCAUACGAUGUAUGGAAAGCAACGUUCCGUGUGCCGCUAAAUAUGCACAAGCACUUGCUCCGCUCCUACCUCCUGGCGAUUUACGGUCUCCGUACGACAUGGGCACGCUCGAUGGUGUACCGAUCGAAGAUUGUAUUUAGCGCAACAAAGCGUCGCCGAGUCGUAGGUCGAGGCCGCACAUUCAAAAAGGUCGAAGUCGGUUUGCUGGAGCCAUUUGUCUUCCCAAGCGUGUCGCAAGCGUUCUUGCGCACGCACCUGUUUAGCCAGGAAAUGCUGUAUGAAGAACGACGCCUCAUGUUCAAGAUGACCAAGGGCCGCCGCUGGCGAGGCCACAAGAGUGUGCGUGACCUUUCACGUGCACUGGACAACAACUGGGCUGCCCAGAGCGCUGGUGCGCCAGACGAAGAGCCAGUGGCGAAGCGGCCCACGGCCCAGCUGCUUGUGCGGAAACGGUCGGUGCCUACGGCUCGCCACAGCAACAUUCUGUCCGUGAUAUCUGAACGUCGUGCGGAACGAGAAGCACGCGUGCAAAAGCUCUUGGACGAGCAGCGCAAAAAUACAUCGUCGUCGUCAUCGUAG